GUGGUCGUGCUCUUUCUUAAUGACUCGUUAAGCAUGGUUAAGGCUAACACCGAGAAACUACAGUCCUUAGUAAAGGAGAUAAUGGAGAUGAAUGUUAACAUCGUUCCCGUCGGUAUCGGGGAGUACGCCAAAUUGUCAGAGUUAAAUAAGAUGGCAACUAAAAAUGGUACAGCACGUCACUUUGGAGACUUCGAGUCACACGAGACGUUGGGAACAGCUGUCAUAAAAGGUAACAUGGGGAGGUUUAGAAUUACGAUAUAAAAAAAAACUCUCCCUAUAAUGAUUACUCUCCUAAUUGGUUUGGGAAAAAAAUAAGAAAGUACUGCAUGUCCUUGUUACAAUUCGAAUUGAGGAAGGUUUUUAACGUUGAUAUAUUUUUAAAAGCUUUAACUUUUCUCUCCACUUCUCGGAAGUAUAACUGGCUUUAUAAUUGAUAUGUUUUACUUUCUUACAGGUAUCGAGGGAAAGAAUAUCUAUGGUGAGGACGGGCUAUUUUUGGUAGCUAGAUUUCCAGAUCGUUAAACUUUUUUUUUUCCAAAUAAUUUUCGUCAGACCGUCAAUGCUUCCAGAGUUUUCAUUUUGACGGUCUCCAUUCUAAGCUAGCGUCUCAAUCAUUGUCCUACCGAGUAUAACUAUGAUUAUUAUGAUGUUUUUCAGAGAAAUACAAGGAUUACUUUACGACUCCUUAUUUCAUCUUUUUCCGUGACACGCUGAGUUAUCUCACCCUCCUUGGUCUUCACUUCGCCAUUUGCCUGUCCCCUUCAACUAUUGCCUUCAGUCGACUAGAAUGGGCCAUUUUAGUUUUCUUCCUGGGACGCGUUUUGAUGGAAGUGGAUCAGUUUAUUAGUCAUAAAAAGGCUGGCAUGAAAGCAUGUAAGCUGUGUAGGAGGAGGAAAAGGUAUGGCUCCAGCUACCAAGCUUUGUUAUUUGGGAUGUAAUAGCGAUAUUUUGGCAGUUUUUGGCCAUAAUUCUAGCAUUUUCUCUGGCUAUGACCAAGAUAUAUGUUGCUGAGAAGACCUAUACCUUAGGAAAAAAUUCCACGGAGGAUUUGUGAGUACAUAUCGCGAUCUUUCUAAAUUAUCGAAACCGUGAGUGACAGAUUUUAACUUGUUGGGCCCAUUCAUUUGUUAGUCUUUUUAGUAGUGGGGUGGAAGAUCUUUCCUUUUACGUUAUGGAGGGGAACCUCAUGAAUGUCUAGGCACCCAAUGUAGGAAACAGCGAGCUAAAAGCUAAUCAAGUGAGAUUUAGUUUUUUGGAUGGGAAGCCCAACAGGAGAGUAAAACUGCUCAGAUCAGAAUGUCAAACGUUGCAUGAAGGCCGAUUUUUUACAGUCUUUAGGAAUACUCAAGCAGGAAAUUUCAAAAAGAGGCCUCAAUAAAUAAGUCACUUCGUCGCGCCACUAAUGCACAAAAGGUUUGAAAUCAAAUUAUGAUAGCCUGAUGCCCAUUAAUCAUCGCUGGGUCAGUCGUAAUCAUAAAUCGUGGAGUCAGUGACUUGCUAUACACUUACUUUUUGUGCUUCUGGAGGUAUAAGUUCAGGAAUAUUAGUUAACAAUUUCUCUGGAACAACACAACCGUGUAAAUAAAUUUGGAAGGGGGAGAGGGGGGUGGUUAUGGGACAAUUUCUGUUGGUUAAACCGUAAACCAUAGCAACGGUUUCUUUAACCAUUCAUUUUCUCCUAUCAUUUUUAGGGCAUGCAGUGAUUCCGGGCUAAUUUGGUAAGAAUAAAAUUAUAGUUUUUUUCUACUCUAAUUUUAACUUUGUACUCUGAUGUCUAAAAUAUACCAAGUUACACGAAAUUUUUGCUAACCUUGAAUUUCGCGCUUUCAAUAUGCCGCGAUUAUUUAAAAAGUUUCAAGCGUGAAAUUCUAUAUCUGAGGGGUCGGAAAGGUUAAUUAAGGUCUCCCGAGAGGAAAAGAAGUGAGAAAAAAUCAUUCUGAUGUGUUGAAAUAAGUACUGAUGUUCAGCACUGAGCUUUAUCAGCUUCAUCAUGAAAAUUUGCAGGAAAGACACUCUUUCCUUUCAGGGCAGCAGAUUUACUAGAACAAGAAGCAGAGCUGCGAGUGAAGAAACCCUCUUUGCCCCCCAUCCCUCUCGCGGCUUCGCGUCCGAUUAAUUAACACUACUUCGCCUCUUAAAGCUGCAAAAAGGCCGACGCAGCUAUUAGUUUACCUUCUUAAGAGGUACCUUACGGUUUCUCCUUCUGGAAAAAUCCAGACUUCAUCGUUGCUAUUUCUUUUUACCAGUGGUAUCCCUCAGGUUUUAGGUUAUCUUGUGAUAUUUUGGAUACCAACCCUUAAAUGUGUUGGUGUUUGACUUGAUGGAGCUGACCAGGAAUCUUAAAAACAAAUUUUGAAAUCGAUCAUCCAUUUAGGAGUAGUGACACGAUAGCCUCCAGGACACAGACGUUUAAAAACAUUUAUGGCGGUCAUAACAAUCUCAAUUUCAAAAAUUCAAUGGUGUUCCGAUCUAACUCGUUACUUAUGUUCUUCAGUUGGUGGAACAUGGCGACACACCUUGGUUGGUCUUUACUGGGUUUAGCUGACCUGGAUAGGUUGAACUCCGUCGACAAUUCAUCCGUUUCUCUUAUUCAUGUGCUGUACAGCUUCUUCUUAAUCAUGGCAGUUAUCCUUCUCGUGAACAUGAUGAUUGCGUUGCUCUCCAACACAUAUCAGCAGGUUCAGGUACUAAACAGUCUCUCUGCCUUCGGCGAUGUAUAUUAAUUCUGUUCAUAAUCCAGAGUUAAGAAAAUAUGAGAAGUUCUCGACUGUAAGCUCGGCAGGACUUUUUUGACGUAAGAUACAAAAGAUUCUAUGAUCAUUUAUAAUUAUACUUUUGGCCGACUGAGGCUUUAGACGAAAAUGAUGGCGAAUAUUGUCCCUCUGGUAUGAUAUGUCCAAAAUAUUCUUCCGCUAUAGGAGUGUCGCCUGUUGUCUUUAUUAACUGGUACUUCCUUAGAAGCUGUUAAGUCCCUCUCAUUCCUCUAUUAUCAGGAUAAUUCACUGCAGGAGUGGUCUAUCAAGAGAGCCAUUACUGUAAGAACUUACAGCACCUAUCAUCCGAUACCAGUGCCCUUCAACCUUUUGUCUGUCCCCCUGAUAGUACUAUGGAACCUCUAUCGGAAGUGUUCGUGUAAAACAUGGUGCGACACUCCUGCUUCGCUCGAGGGACGGGUAAGCUGCGGCCUUGCCAAUUAGUUUUGUGAGUUUUAACAAGCUGCUGUUGUUUAAAGUUAUCAUUUACGUCUGCUCAGUGAUUUUACUUCAAUUUCGAUGUGGCCUUUUUUGAUUCGACAGAGAGUAGCUCUGAAUAAAGUGGUGGAGAAACUAGAAAGGAGGUACUUCGAGAAAUAUGGUUAUGAAUUUCCCCUCACAGGUGGGUGAUGUGCUAGAUUAGUAGACAGCCCCAGAAAUAUAUGAUAUGGUCAUACAAAAGAAUAUUGCGCAAAGAGAUGUUGUUCUAUUAAACUUUGCUUUGUUAUUAUCAAAGCGAUAGUUCUAAAGAAGUUUCUACCAUGACGGACAAGAAAUGAAGUAUCACAAAUUAAGAAUUCCAAUAAUGAUAAUCUAUUUUUUAACCAGGCGUAUCGUAAUGAUUUUGCUGACUAGAUUCAGAAGAGGCCAAUUUAAUAUUUGGUUCCUCGCUUUGUUUUAGAGGGAAAAAGAUAGAUCACUUGGUGCAAGAAAAUGAGGGAGGACGAAAAUUGGCCAAUCAGAUAGUUCGGCAAGUAUUCCGACCGCGUGGAAACAAGGAGGAGAAACUUGCGUCUGGCCACAGAGUGAGUGUUUUUGAGGUUCACAUUCACAUGUUAAUUAAACAGGAAGUUUCCCUACCAUAUACUAUGGAUCUUGCUCCAUCAGGAUACACUUUUUAACCAUUUUAAUUUGCAUUUUAACCUUUUCCCUCGCACAAAAAUUUAAAUGUACGAUUGAGAAAAAUCUUUCAAGAAACGUUCUGCUGUAGUUUCCUUGUUCCCUUGAAAAAAAAAACCGAGCUUGUUUUGUAGUGACAUAGAAAAGCUGAUCCCAAAUGCUUCUCCGGGAAGUACAAAAAAAUCAACAAAAUUUGCUCUCGACGCGCGAUACGAAAAUUAAUGGGAGGGUUAUAGCUUGAAUAAAACCCUUAUAGCUUGCUGGUAUGUCGGCUGACAAUGUCCCUGGUUGAGAGAUUGUCUUUAAGUUUUCAAAUUUCUCCUUGAAGCUUUGGUUCUUGGCCAAAUAUUCAUUUUGGACAAUGUCUCAGCCGCAGACAUUUUCAGGUGACAUACCAGCCGCCUGAAGGGGUCCCUCGUGUUACUGAAGUUUUGUUUGAUUGUCAUUUUAAGGCGUGGUAUGAUUCGCCGGGAAUUGCUGUCGAUGGCUGUCUCUAACUUACAUGGGACCUAAUUUCUGCAACAGAUGCAAAAGUGGAAAUCGUAAGAACAUUCACAGUGCCAAGUUCAAGUCUCCCUUUACACCAGAGACACCAAGAUUCGAGGUGUGCUUUUGAUUUAUAGAAAAUUAUUUGCAAACAAAAAUUUAAUUCAUAUACUUCCUGCUUCAUGAUAGAUUCUCUACAGAUGCAACAUAAUUACAUUGCCUUUUUACCCUCUUCUCUUAAAUAACCUCCCUCUUGUUGGCGCUGGUAUUCUUUUCUAAUUUGUAGCACUACAGAUACUAAUGUUUUUAAGAAUGAACUUAACGGUGCCUCCAUGAUAGAAAGACCAGACCGGUUCCUGAAAAACAUCUUUAUGUUCCUCUUGUGGUAUCCUAUUUUCACCUUUGCUUUCAUGGUAACGUGUCAACAUGGAUCUCGUUUGGGCACCUAACCCUGUAACACCUAAGAGUGACUAUGAUGUAAUUUUUCCUCACAUUAUCAUCCCUGAGUUGAACAUUGGGUCACAUGGAUAAAGUAAAUGACCACCAACCGAAAAAGCUCUUCAUUGUUUAAAUAAUUCUUCCUUAUCAGCACAAUUGUAUAGAGAACAGCAUGGAGAAUAUUCAUAAUGAUGUGAGGGUAUGAAAGGUUAAAUUUAUCUCCUUGCUCCACUUCGUUGAGGUGCAUUUCAGGGUCAAGUUAUAAGGCCUUAGAUGGCCACCUUUGAAUAGCGUGAUGGUGCCUUCGUUCAGCCGAAAUUCCUUUUUGGAUUAAUCGUUUAUAUUUAUAUUAUUAUUGUCGUUAUUAUUAUUGCUUUGUAAUCAUCAUCAUUAUUGCAGUUGUUAUUAUGGCUGCUUUUGUUGUUUAUAUGAUCAUUAUUUCGGAUGUUGGUUGUUUAUAUUAUCACUAACAUCGUCUUUAUCAUCGUUAUUAUUUUGCUUUGGUCUAAAAAACUAGUAUUCCCUCGGUCUCAUGAGCAAAAAACUCAUUUGCAAACUAAAACAAAAAUUAAAAACAUGGGACUUAUGGCAACCGUAACAACAAAGUCUAAAAAAAAGAGUCCAUCAUUGUUUUGCAGGUACUUAUUCAGGAGACUGGAGAGAGACGUAUUGCGGCACUGGGUGCUGUGCAUGAGUCGUACGACUGUCACAAAAUGCCUGGCUGGGAUAGUGGAACAGUCGGUUACCACGUAGACGAUGGUAAAAUAUUUGAAACCGGCUUCCAUGAGCUGGGAAGAGAAGUCGAAGGUAUGGGUUACUCUGACGAUAGGUGUACGAUAUCUGCCACAAGGCUCUGUUGGCGCUUGGAAACAUAAUCAAAGUCUUACCGUCCUUCUGAGGGCGACCUUACGACAGUAGGUUUCUGUUUUCCAAAAGAAAAAGAUUCAGAAAUUUUCGUUUGUAAACGUUGUAGGGAUCACUUUAAAAUCGUUAUAGACUCCUCGAGAUGAUUAUUCUGACGUGCAUGAGAUAAAUGGGAAAUGUAUUGUAGCUGUAUGACCAAGAUAGAAUGUUGAACGUAGUUGCUGUAAAAUCCAUGUGCCUUGAGUGUGAAAACUGAAAAAACCCUGAAUCCUUCGAUUGUGGGGGGUUCCAACCCUCACCUUCUGCUUGCCGAUCAAAUGGUCUACAGAGAACUCAUUUAAGGCCAAAGAAAAACGAGAUUCAUAUCAACAAAUGCUUGACGCUGCUAGGAUCAUUUAUAUCGUCAACACUUCUUGUAUAAAUACAUUGAGGGAGAUUAAACUUUGUCUUCGAAUGAACGAGGAGGUAGGUCAUUGAUCAAGACCGAACAAAAAGGAAAAAGUCCAAUUUCACAUCCUAGUGUUACACGGUUGGUUGCCUCAAGUACUUAAUGUUUUCUGUUGAUAACUUAGGAGCUAUGGCUUACCGCGGUGAUCUCAUCGCAUGUGAAGUUGAUUUUAGUGGAGUCCUCGAGGGCAAAGUCUCUGUGUUGUUCUCCUUGAACGGUAGAGAAGUAGUGCGUUCUUCAGUGGGGUAUGCAGAGGAAAUAUACUAUUUCCUUUCGUUUCAUUGGGAUCUGAAGGCAUUACAGUGCUCACCAAGGUAUGUUCGAAAG